UACACACACACAGGGCGAGUAACGAUCACUUGGAUACACACACACAGGGCGAGUAACGAUCACUUGGAUACACACACACAGGGCGAGUAAUGAUCAAUUGGCUUCAAUCAGUGUAGGUGAAGGGGAGGAGUCAGGUUAAAGAAGGAUUUUUAAGCCUUGAGACAUGGAUUGUGUAUGUGUAACAUUCAGAGGGUGAAUGGGUAAGACAAAAGAUUGAAGUGCCUUUGAACGGGGUAUGGCAGUAGGUGUCAAGCGCCUCCAGUUUGAGUAUGUCAAGACCUGCAACGCUGCUGGGUUUUUUUCACACUCAACGGUUUCAACACCCAGCCAACUUGACACAACUGUGGGAAGCAUUGGCGUCAACAUGGGCCAGCAUCCCUGUGGAACGCUUUCAACUCCUUGUAGAGUCAACAUGGGCCAGCAUCCCUGUGGAACGCUUUCAACUCCUUGUAGAGUCAACAUGGGCCAGCAUCCCUGUGGAACGCUUUCAACUCCUUGUAGAGUCAACAUGGGCCAGCAUCCCUGUGGAACACUUUCGACACAGUGAGAGAAAGAGUGAUAGACUCACAUUGCAGUGACAAGUCUGAAGAAUGCAGUCAGGUGUUAUCAGCCUCCACUGAGCUGAUCAGACAGUCAUGUUCACCUCUGUCACUCAACUAGACUUCUCUCCCCCACUAAGGGAGGGAGUGCUUUAAACAGCAGGUCUCUGUCACGCUCUCACACCCAUAACAGCUCACCUGUCCCCCCCAGCACACUGCAACCCACAGGUGGAAUGUCCUCAUAGAAAUAACAAUACUAGACCGGGCAUCCCCAUUCAAGUCAAUGUAAUUCUACUUCUAUGGGUGUAGCCAACUGUACAAUUGAUUGAGGAGGGCAGGGCUCAGAAACCUCACGGCUGUUACUCCAUCCCUGUCUGUGUCUCCACUAGGGUUUUUCACUCAGUAGCAGCAGUAGGUAACGACAGGUAAUACGUGUUGAUCAGAGAGCCUUGUACAGCUUCACUAUGAACCUGCAGAGCAACGGCCUGUCUGUUCAGUGGUACCUGAAGUCCAAGCCGGUGGGAAAGGUGAGGCGGCGUGUACAGGAGAUGAAAAACCCAUCUGUGUCCCUGGUGUCGGGCGACGUUGACCUCAGCCACAACGAGAGCACCAGAUUGGCCAUGGACGCCUUGCUGAACCAGGGAUUGGACAUGUACCAGGAAGUACUGGCCGGAGAGGGCGAGGUGGACUUCCUGUCCAAGGAGGAGAAAGGUUAUAUCCUGGAGAACACUACAGACCUGAGCACCAGCAGUCUGUGUGGGACGGAGAGCAACGACCAGGCAGAGGGCUCCACCACCUCUUCCCAGACAAACACCUAUUGUCCAUCGGUGUCGGAGAGCGAGCCCCCUGGCUUGGACCAUGGCUGGCCGGCAGAGGACUGGAGCUACCGCCUGCAGGGUGAACCCAGUGUAGAGGUCUACUUCCAGUCUGAUAGAGCAGCCAGCAUGAAAGACCUGCUCAGGGAGUUCAUCAGCAAGGCCACAAUGGUUCUGGCCAUUGUAAUGGACACAUUCAGUGAUGUGGAGAUGUUCUGUGACAUCCUGGAGGCAACCAGGAAGAGGAAUGUGUCUGUCUACCUGCUCCUGGACCAUAUCAACCUGCAGGUCUUUGUCAAGAUGUGUGAGACGCUACAGAUCAACAGUAAUCACCUCACUAAAAUGUCGGUCCGUAGUAUACAAGGAGAGACGUAUUGUGCAAAGUCUGGAAGGAAACUCACUGGACAGAUCAAAGAGAAGUUCAUGAUCAUUGACUGCACUUUAGUGCUGGCUGGAUCAUACAGUUUCACCUGGCUGUCCUGGCAGGUCCACAGAAGUCUGGCUGUGCUUUUCAAGGGCAGCGCGGUCAAGCCUUUCGACCUGGAGUUCAGGAAGCUCUACGCCAGCUCCAAGCCUGUGCCAGCCUUCCUCACCGUGGCAACGGAGUUCAACCUUACCAGGCCGCUUAUCACCCAUCAAGCAGCAGCCACCUCAACCCCACUGACAAAACUUCCUUGCCCCAGUCCUGGUACCACGACCCAGAACAGAUACUUCAACAACCAGGCUAUGGAUCAACCAACCACCACAGUUGUGCCCAGAUUCAACACUCAAUCUACUGUUCAACCAACCACCACAGCCCAGCUCAGAUACUCUAGCCAAAACCCAACGGUUCAGCUAACUACAACCACCCAGCAAAGACACCCCAACACUCAGCCAACAGCACCCCCAGCCGCCCAGCAGAGACACCCCAAUACUCAGCUAACAGCACCACCAACCUCCCAGCAGAGACACCCCAACACUCAGCCACCAACCUCCCAGCAGAGACACCCCAACACUCAGCCAACAGCACCACCAACCUCCCAGCAGAGACACCCCAACACUCAGCCAACAACCUCCCAGCAGAGACACCCCAACACUCAGCCAACAGCACCACCAACCUCCCAGCAGAGACACCCCAACACUCAGCCAACAGCACCACCAACCUCCCAGCAGAGACACCACAACACUCAGCCAACAGCACCACCAACCUCCCAGUGCUUGGUGAAUCAGUCUUACUACACAGGUCCCCGGAGCCACAGGUUUGACUGGAUCACACAGAGACACACUGCAACCAGGCCUGUCCUGUUCCAGAGAACCUUCUCCAGUGAUUAUAGGACUGGAGACAACCUGACCUGGCGACCCUUUAACAGCAAUUACCUUCUUUAUGGAGGGACAACCGGCUUGUUGGACAGACACCUACUUCUCAAGACUGGCCAGUGGUUUACUGUUCCUAAAUAACUGAAAUGGCAUCAUACUGAAAUUUGACAGUACACCCUGUUUGAGGUAAAUUAUGUUAUCUCACAACUGAAAAUGGGCAAGUAACCUUCAUAGAGUAAAUGUGCCUGUUUUGCUUUGCUUGAUGCCUGGAGUACAGGAGUAGUACUUCAAUCACAUCAUUAUCUCAUAAGGAUGAUCCUUGUCUGCCUUCAGGCUGAGAGCUUUGUGUUCCAGUACAUGUUAAUUAAAUGGAGUAAAAACAACAUGUCACAGACAUGAAUCCCUCUUCCACCCAUCAACCCUGAUAGAACCACGCUGAGUGACAGCCUAGUGAUGUGUGCUACGCUUAGCCAAGGGCCGGGCCUCUUAACAGACAUACCUUCUGACAAAUCUUCUGAUCCAUACACUGUCAAGCCCGAGGU